CCGGAGCCUCGCCGCGGAGGAAGGCAGGGGCUGCCGCGUGUCCCUGCCUCUCACCUCGCAGCUACUUCACAGCUUUUCCCCGCUCUGCCCGGCGGGGCUGGAGCUGGCCCAAGCGUGCGGUGUUCUCGCGGGGAAUCUCGCCGGCGUUCUUCUCCCAGGAAAACGGAAAAAGCUUCCAACAGGACAUGAUGAUGAACGAGUUCAUGGCCAUGUUAAAGAAGAAUGAAAAUGAGCAUCCCCCACCCACCAAGCUGUUGAAUCUAGCAGAACAGCUUUGCCAGGAGCUCGAGAGCUCGACUCCAGGUCUGGAGAAGCUGGUUGAAGCCAUGAUGGAAUGCAAGAACAAGAGAUAUUUUCUCACUAACAUCCAUGUUGUCCGGGCCUGUGUGUCUGUUCAUAUUCAUAAAGGGCAACACGAUGCAGCCUGCAGACUCCUGGAGUAUUGCAAGGCAGAAGAGAAGGAAGAGCUGUUGCAGCUUUGGUAUGAGAUUCACUACCAGAGGCUGAUGGAGAAAUACCAGACAGAUGUUCUGACAGCACUGCAGAAAUUCCGUUGCAGGAAGAGGAAUCCUCCACCUAUUUCCCUUUGUCCUGAAGGUUUGAAGAAUCGAAACUACUCAGAAGAAGUACGCCAGCAGCUGCACAGGUUUGCUGCAGAGGUGACAGCAAAUCCCAACAAGAAACAGCGGGUAGGGAUAUGCUAG